GUGGUUUACAGUACACAGAGAUCUCAGAUCGGCCGAACAAACAGCUUCACCAGUAAAUGGUACCAACAAAACAACCUCAUACAAAUAUGGACAAAACAGGAAAAAUGAUGAUUCUCUCUCUGCUUUUGGCAGGUGUUUUCAGUCCUGCCUUUGCUGAAGUUUGGAAGGCCACUGUAGUAGAAAAGCUUGACGCCCUGGUUUCAUCAUGUGUUGUGUUUCCCUGCACAUUCACCACUCCUAAAGACCUGCCCAGCUCCAAACUCAGAGGGAUCUGGCAUUUUGGAAAAAAUAAAGAGGACAGAAUCUAUCAUGAGGAUCGCACAAGGAUCAUGGAAAACUAUAGAGGUCGCACACAGUUAUUGGGAAGGCUUGGAGAAAAGAACUGCACCUUGGAAAUGACUGAGGUCAAAGACCAUGACAACGGUCCUUUCUGUUUCCGGAUCGAACUGGCUGAAAAAGAUCAACCCACCAAAGAAAUGUUUUCCUUUGUUGAGGACUGUGUGACUCUGAACAUGCUCCAUGAUGCUCCAAAACCUGAGUUGCGCUAUAGAACACCUGCUGUCAUGGGACAUCCCUAUACAGCUACCUGUAAAGUGAGACACACCUGCUCGUCCCACCGGCCUAAGCUCGAAUGGAGCAGGGGCACUGCAGCUGACAUCAUGGUUAGUCAUACAGACACUUCCUCUGGCUACUCUGAGGUAGAGUCCAUCCUGACUAUAACCCCUGAGGAGAAAGAUGACCAUCAAGAGGUGACCUGCACAGCUACUUUUCAUGAAAGAAAAACAUCCUCUGCUACAUUUACGCUUUAUGUAAAACGUGUAGAAAACUACAACCACAUCAUCCUUCCAAUUGCAGGGUGCAUCGGCAGUGCUGUAAUCUUUGGCAUUAUCUGCAUUUUUAUGGUAAAAAAAUACAAGAGACGCAUUGCUGAGCUCCAAAAUCAGGAUGGCAGCAUGUUUAACCGGCUGUCGAGACUGUCACGCAGGUUUCGUUCCGAUGGACCAGGACCAUUUAAUUCAGAUCAAAGGCGAUCUAUUUGGAGCAGAUUUUCGAGAAGACCUAGGCGGGACAUGGGAGAUAUGGGUCAGAUCCCCAAUAAUUCAAAACCAUGUGACAACCAGAAAGUCUCUAAAGCUCGUUUCCCAUCCCCUAAAAGCCAAAAGAAAUCCUGCAAUUACAAUGAGGACCUGGACAAUGGUGACGACUACAUGAACACUGCUGACCUCAAUGUUUAUGGAAACAUUUAAAAAAGGAGGUUCAUUGCUCAAGUGAGAAAUGUGCAUGUGAUUAAAUAAAAAAAACAAAACAAAUGAUGCUCAUAAUUAAUUGAAAGUUGGGAAAAACUGCAUUUUUUUUCCAGUUUCCAUUACUCAGUUUUUAGACAGCCUCACCAUGAGUGAGAAUCUUCAUUCUUCCUCAAUGCUCAUAAUGAUCAUUUCUUUAGGUGCAUCUAAUUAUCACUUCUGCUUUACAUAUCGACUGCAGUAAGAAAGUAACUUGAACUAUCUAUUUGAUUAUAUGCUUUUGAAUGUAUAAUAUUGCUACAUGUAUUAGAUAUCAAAUCUGCUUAUUUUUACAUAUACUGUACUAGAUACUAUACUAGAAUUUGCAGAUAAUCAUCAUAACUACAUACUGUAGUUAAAGUACUUUAACUACAGUAUGUAGUAGUAUGUAGUGCAAAUAAAGUCACUGUGGACAUUUAGUUUGUCUAGAUUUGCUGUCCGAGUUUCUAUAUGAUUCCAGUCUUGCCAGAAACACACCAUAAAAUUAUUAGACUGAUAUUCAUGGUUUUCCUGUCAGAUCAAAUAAAAAGUUGCAAUGG